UCACUGUCAUGAUCCUGGGACGACGUACAUCUUCGGCAAAGGAGGAGGCCUCAUUACAUUCAAGUGGCCAGCAAAUGAGAGGCCGAGCACCAGGACGGACAGACUGACUGUGGGCUUCAGCACCUCCCUGAAGGACGGCAUCCUGGUCAGAAUAGACAGUGCUCCUGGUCUGGGGGACUAUCUCAUGCUGCACAUACAACAAGGCAAAAUUGGGGUGACAUUCAACAUUGGCACAGUGGAUAUUGGUGUGCAGGAAAGCAGUACCCCAGUGAAUGAUGGGAAGUAUCAUGUUGUUCGUUUCACCAGGAAUGGUGGCAACGCUACGCUACAGGUGGACAACUGGUCCAUCAAUGAACAUUUCCCAACAGGGAACAGCGACAUUGAACGCUAUCAAAUGGCCAAUAAGAAAAUCCCAUUCAAAUAUACCAGACCAGUAGAAGAAUGGCUACAAGAGAAAGGACGGCAGCUAACAAUUUUCAACACUCAAGCAACGGUCGCAAUUGGUGGUAGCGAUCGCGGCAGACCCUUUCAGGGUCAACUGUCGGGCCUUUAUUACAAUGGCCUUAAGGUGUUGAACAUGGCUGCUGAGGGCAACCCUAACAUCAAGAUUAAUGGCAGUGUGAGGUUGGUAGGUGAUGUGCCCAGUGUGGCAGGUUCAGCCAGGACCACAGCCAUGCCUCCAGAGAUGUCCACCACCUUUAUAGAAACUACUACCAUGAUGUCCACCACGACCACACGGAAACACAGAUCCUCCUCAACUGUACAGCAUACAGGAGAGGACAUGGUGUCAUCUGCAGAGUGUUCAAGCGAUGACGAAGACCUGGAGGAGUGUGAAAGCCAAGCAGGAGCUGAGUUAGUCAUCAGAGUACUUGAGGAUCCAUUAGCGCACCCCUCUGUAGCUCCUCGUGCACCCUUCAUUCCCACUCCCUCAACCCACCACCCACUCCUCACCAUUAUUGAGACCACCAAAGAGUCCCUGUCCAAGGCCACUGAGGCGGGGGUACCUUGCUUGUCGGACCGAGGCAGCGAUGAUUGUGAUGAUGAUGGCUUGGUGAUAUCGGGGUAUGGCUCUGGGAAAGCGUUCAAGUCUAACCUGCCCCCUACUGAUGAUGAAGAUUUUUACUCGACCUUCUCCUUGGUAACAGAUAAGACCUUGUCCACGUCAGGCUUUCAAGGUGACUACAAAGCAAACGCACCCAAGACUUUUAUACCUAACAAACCUUCCAUCUCCAGACGCAGUAGGACUACCACUACCGCCAUACCACUAACCGCCGACCAGAGCCGCACCACCACCACCUCUGCCUCCACCGCAACCCUCCACAAUGCUCCGGCCAAACAGCCGGCUGGCAAAAUGAAUAACCGCGAGCUAAAACCCCAGCCCGACCUAGUGUUGCUUCCAUUGCCCACAUCCUUUGAGGUAGACAGCACCAAGCUGAGGGGCCCAUUAAUAACCUCCCCAAUGUUCCGUAAUAUACCCACAGCACUCCCCACAGAGCCAGGCGUCAGGCGAGUUCCAGGGCCCUCGGAAGUGGUCCGUGAAUCUAGCAGCACCACCGGGAUGGUCAUCGGAAUAGUGGCGGCCGCUGCCCUGUGCAUCCUCAUCCUUCUGUAUGCCAUGUAUAAGUACAGGAACAGGGAUGAAGGCUCCUACCAGGUGGACGAGAGCAGGAACUACAUAACCAACUCAGCUGUGCAGAGCAAUGGCGCUGUCAUGAAGGACAAACAGCAGAGCUUGAAAGGCAGCAACAAGAGACAGAAAAAUAAGGAUAAGGAGUAUUAUGUGUGA